GGGAGGUUGAUUUGGGUAGUGCUGAUCGUUCCCGGGUGGAACGUCGUUUGUUUUUUGAUUUUGCGCAAGUUGUUGGUCCUUUGUGUUUGUAUUUGUUUCCUGUCAGUGAUUCAGAGCGAGAGAGUGGCCAAGGUGUUCGCGAAAGCUUCGGUCGGUAUCAGUUUGCUCUAUUUUAUGCCAUUGGUCAUCUGGAACUGAGUGCUCGCCCGUCCUCGUGUGCUGGUGGGUUUUGUUCUGAUUCUGAUCCUGAUGAUGGAGACUUGACGGCGCCGAAACCGAUGUUGUCGUCGCAUUUUCUCGGAUGAGGAUGAGGUGCUGACUGCUCGACUGAUUUCGAAUUCGUAUUCGAUGCAUGUGUCUGAUCGCUCGUUGUGUAAUGGUCACCCAGUCGAAGUCCUACUGCUCCAUCUACUUCUACUAUGAGAUUGAGAAUGAGAACGAAGCCCAGGAUGAGUACGCGUGCGCAAGAUUCUGCAUCAUGAAUGCGUCUGCUUCAGCAAGGUUUUUUUUCGGGCUGAGGAAGUGAAAGAGAAGAGUCAAAGCUUCAGCUUCAAAAUCAAUGAAAGACGACGAGUGUGCUUUUUCUGGAUCUGGUCCUCGAGAAAUAAUCGUGACAGCACCAUCGAUGCCUGAACCUGAAUGAGAAUGAGGAAGUGCACACAGUCACAAAGUUGCUG